UUUAUUAUGUCCAAACUUUUUGAGGGAAUUGUCGAUCUUAUCCAUAUUGAAAUGACCACAAAAAGUCCAAGAUUGAGUACAUUGUUCGUCGUAUUGAUACUUUCAAACCCAUGUUUCGCUGUGGACAAUACUCUUGUAAAGGGUUCUACUGGGACAGCGGUUGUGGAGUCAUGUGUCUCAAAAAUCUACGCUUCAGGAAUUUUCAAGGAGGAUUUCAAUUUGAUACGCUACUCGGCAUAUGCUGACACAAAAGACGGAGCCGAACUUGCUUCACAAAAUAUCGGAGGCAUCUGGGCUGUCAACAGCGAUGCAUUCACAGCAAUAUCAGACUCUACUUAUGAUGUUUCAUCUUACUAUUCUGGAAUACAAACUUCUUUCAAUAUUGAUUGGACUCAAGUAACCUAUGCUGAUUUAGACAUUCCCUUGUAUUCAGCGAUUGCUCAGAGACUACAUAUUGCCUAUUGGGAAAUUGGUGACACUCUUCAGGAUGAUAUCGACAACUUGGGAAUUUGGUGGGCCAUUUAUCUCCAUACAGCUGAUGAGAAUAUGUUAAUCUCUGAUUUCACAACAGCGAUCUCACCCAUUCUAACAGGUUGUUCAAAACCACAAAGAGAUGUUGUAUUUCUUAUUGAUAGUUCUCUGAUCAGUGGAGAGACAUAUUUUACCAGUGCAAAAACUAUUACGACAAACGUCAUAAAACAAUUGAAAGUCGAUUCAAAUCCUAACACUACGGUGGUUGGAGUUGCCCAAUACUCGAGUCUCGUAGAGGUUGCAGCAUAUCUCAAUGGUUCUGCAUCGGAAGCUGAUAUUGUAUCUAUUGUUUCGACCUUGCAACUUAUUUCUGGAUCGCGUAUGACCGGUUCAUCCGUUUCUAGCGUUCUCCCUAGUGUCUUCUCGAAUACAAAUGGCGCCAAAGGAUGGGAUACGGGCACUCCGCAGGUGCUCUGUCUGCUUACAGCCGGUGACAGUAUUGACUCCAUGGAAAGUGUUGCAUCAGCAGCUUCGUCAGCGGCCGUCAAUGUUAUUGCAGUGGGAAUGACCGGUGCUGCCACACUGGCUGAGCUGAAUUUGACAGCAACAGCGCAAGUCACUGACCAUGUGUUUCAACGAAGCACUUUUACGACAGCUACUGAUAUGGAGUACGCCAUUACACGGCGGAUUUGUGCAGAUACUGCUCUUGUACCAUCGGAUGCAACGGUAAUUUCAGGAACCAUCGAUCCAGGACAAACAAGAUCAAUUAGGUUGCUCGUAAAUUCAACUGGAAUCGAUACUAACGUAGCAACAACACAGGGAACGAUGGAUCUAUAUUACUCGGCAAUCAUUACGGAGCCAACAUCUGCCAACUACGAUUACACUUUAUCAGUGCCCAGUCCAAAUCAAGAAGUUCAAUUUAAAUACGUCCCGACUCUUGAAGAAGUAGACCAUCACGGCGGCGGGGACACAGUGUAUUUGUAUAUCACGUUGCAAGGUGAUGCAUCCGUCUCGACUGAGUUUACCUUCACUAUACAAAUUCAAGAAGUUGUCACGGUAGUAGUGUCUGUGAACAACAGCACAGCAUUACCAACCGACUCCUCAAGUAGCGGUUUGUCAGAGGGAGAAAUUGCUGGAAUUGUUUUUUCAUGUCUUAUCGUAUUCUGUGCUGUGCUUGUUGCAACUGUAUACUACAGAUUUGGAGGUUACGGGAAUAGGAUGAAAAAAUCAUUGAUUCACAGAGGCAGAAUAGAUCGUCUGAUGGAUAGUAGCAGUCCUGAUACCGGGCCAUCUACAGUCAAACAAAUCGAAAGAAUAGAAACAGGUUUCAAUCAGCCUGUACCGCUGAUGCAAGCACAAAUGCCGAAAGUGACUGAAGAAUCGACUCCUGUCGAAGAAAUCAAUUUGCGUCCAGGAGAUGAAGAUACGUCCGAAGAAAAAGAGAAUAACGAGGAAGAACAACAAAAACGUCUGGAAGUAUCCGUUCGGGAUCGACUGCAGAGUGCUAUCAAAAGACGAGAUAUGAACGAUAUAUCAGAUGCUGUUGAAGAUUUUAUGGCUUUGAGAAUGGAAGACUAUACUGGAGAUUUCGUAACAGCUCAACGGAUGCUUGUUAUACAGCAAUGUAAAGAAGGUAUUACAAGAGCGAUAGCAAGCAGAAAUAUCAAAUUACUAGAAAAGGCUAUUUUCCGUGGGAAAAGAAUGGAAUAUGAUAUAGAAUUGAAAAUGGAACUAGUGAAUGCUGAAAUACUCUUGCAAGAUUUGAAAAGGACAGACAAUCUUUUGAGACGAUUGAAACGGGCGAUGGACGCCGGUGAUCUAGCAGCAGCUGAGGCUAUUACUGCGGAAUUAAGAGUACUCAAAGGUUGUGAUCAAGCUAUGGUUGAUAGAAUGCUUCAAAUAUUUCAACACAGAGACGAUAUCGAGGAAUCUAUGGAAAGACGAGAUAUAGCGGCUAUUAACGAAAGUAUAGCGAGAAUAACCGAGAAAGGUUUUGAACCAGAUUUGGCAUCGGAAAUGAAGCAAGCGAGAAAAAUACUGAAAGAUCUGGCAGCAAUGGAGCAGGCCCGCAGUAAUGUGAUGGGGUUGAAACAGAGUAGUGUGGCAGAAAUCAAAAGUUAUUCUUCACCACCACCUGGCUUACAUGAAGUCAUGAUGUCAGUUUAUCUUCUGCUCGGAUAUCACCCAACACAACUGCAGAGUUGGACAGCAAUACAGGCACUUAUGGGGAAAACAGGUCGAGAAGGACUUCGCCGAAGAAUUGGUGACAUGGAAGUGUCUAGAAUUGAUAUAAUGCAUGCACGAAUGGCAAAAUCGCUUCUUGCUAAUUUCGACUUAAAUUCCAUCAGAGAGCUUAGCGAAGCCCUGGCGGUGUUUUACACAUUCGCACAAUCCGUUAUAACAGAAGCUGAAAGACUAACUUCGGAUGGAGAUCACGAUACUGAUUCACACUUGUACGAAAUUCCAUCGUGGUCCACUCCUAUAUUAGGACGUUAGAUAUAUAUUAUUAAGCAAUUUGUCAUUAUGCCACUCAAACAAAGUCUGGAAUCGUAUUACGAAUGUGGUACUCACCGACGCGUUUACUCAGCAAACCACACUGAGGCAACGAACUGGAAUCUUUCGAAAUUAUUAGCAUUCAAUCUGCUUGGGUGAUACACGUAUAUUGCCUGUAACCUAAAUUUCUUAUUUGUCAAAUAAACCGAUGUACCAUGUUUCGCGAACGCACCAUGUAAGAUGUAUAUUAUUCCGGUGGUACAGUAACAUUACAGCCAUGGAAGACCACGAUAUCUCGUCCACCAUACGGGCUAUUUUUAGUCAACAUUUUACACGCUAAUACCGUAUUUCCCAGCGAAUAAGUCGCUUUUCUAGACCCAAAUGUUUUACCUGAUUUUUUUUUUGGGGGGGCUUAUUAUUCAAUUUGGACCAUAAAAUAUCUUCCGCGCGAUAGCAUCCUUAUAACGUCCCCAUCAGGUCAGUUACGCGCUGUGAAUCUGGAAUUUCAACGCUGUGAAUAUCAUAUUUGAAGUUGCGGCAUUUGUGUGUGCAUGACACAACUACAGACGGGGCCUGGCCGACUAUGAUAUAUGUAUAAUAAUUAUUGUAAAGUAUAUUUAUUCAUUUUUUUAAAUAAGUUUACUCUGUCGGAUAUUAUCGCUGACUUAAGCUUUUUUUCUUACGGUAAUAUUCUUAAAAUAAUGAGUGACAGCAUUGCGAUGGAGCGGAAUAAGUGUUGCAGCAACAGCUCAGCUUUUUUAAUUUGCAAAAAUACGGAUCAAAACAACAUAUAAGUACAUGUUUAUGUCCACUAUUUAUAUUGUCUCAAUCGCAGAUUAAAUUGAUCACUAUUAAAUUAAUGAAGCAACACAUUUCGUUUCUGGAGACUUCGAGAUGAUGAAUAUAUGUAUGUUUGAUAUAUAUACUUCAUAUACAUAUAUUUUUUUUAUUGCCCUUAAUUAAAUUGUACUUUCCGGGAUUUUUAUAAUGGCGAUAACAAAUUCGCAAGAGCGCAAAAAUAUGUCCACAGAUUGCCGUGUUACGUCGAGCACAAUUGGAUUAAAAUUGAAAGACAGUUUGAAUUCCCGUAGUUUGUCAUGGAUUGAGUAUUACGCUACAAGAAAAAGUCAUUAUGGGUUAUUUUAACGAAUGCGCAAACACCUCGACCGCUCAGGAGCCUUUCGUGGUAAUUUGAGAUUCCGAUUCCGCCCGUCUUAUUGGAAGGUUAUAUGCAAAAAUCCAUUUUUCCAGGCUUAAAAACGGGCCUUGUCUUAUUUACAGAGUAGACUUAUUCGCCGGGAAAUACGGUAUGUCAAUUGCCGAAAUUCAUUUAAAUAUGGCUGUGCUUAUUACGAGGGCCAAUUGUUCCGCCUACAAUAGACUAAUCAAUAACGCUUACUUAAAACUAGGAAUUCACUUCGAAUAGGAUUCCAUACAUUGCUGAUGAAAAAAGUGGUAUGAAUUGAAUAUAUUCGUACAAUACUAUAGCUGCUAUAGUAUAGCAUAUCUCAUCAUACGAAUAUAUUCGUUGUAUCUAAAUGACUUGGACUUUCAUCCAUUUUGGGAAAUUGGCGAGGCCAGAAGUCUGCAAUGCACUUUAGAAAAAUGUGAAUUUAUUCGUACAAUACUAUAGCAAUCUCAUCAUACGAAUAUACUCGUUGUAUCUAAAUGACUUGGACUUUCAUCCAUUUUGGAAAAUCGGCGAG